UUUGCUUCACAUCUGAUCUUGCCGGGCUAUUAAUGAAGGAAAUUCUCAUCUUCUGGACCUUGUGCUCCCUGCUGGGGGAUUUGCUGGCAGAGAUAUGUCUGCCCAUUCAACAAGCCACUUUUCAGUCCACAAACUUUGACAAUAUUUUCAUGUGGGAGCAUGGGAAGGAGAUGCCCAAUGGCACCGUCUAUGACGUCCAGUAUAAAAUGUAUGGAGCUGUGUGGCGGAACAAAAGUGAGUGCCAGAACAUCUCACAGCUUUCCUGCAAUCUCACACAGGAGACCAAAAGCUACGCAGAACGCUACUAUGCCAGAGUGAGAGCCUUUGGCCCUAACAGCUGCGUCUCAAAUUGGACUAGAUCGCCAAGGUUCUGUCCCAAGGAAGACACUGUUGUUGGGGCUCCUGAAGUGAAAUACAUCCCCAACAUUCAAUCCAUAAAGUUUAUAAUACAGCCUCCCUAUGCUCCUCUGAGAAAUGAGGCUAAUCGGACCUUGAGUGUGGAAGACAUUUUCAGCCGAUAUGGUGUCAUCCGAUAUCAAGUAAUAAUAUUUUGCCAAAAGACACUAAAAAAGUGGAAGAAGACUGAGGAUAACAAAGAAUUUGAAAUCUCUGAGCUGGACCCUGACACUGAAUACAAUGGCACAAUACACAUCAAAUAUUUAGAAAAAACCAGCAAGCCCCAUAAUUUCUGGGUGAGAACUUUACCAGACAAUCGUUGGCUGACAUACUUGUUUGCGGGAGCUACAUUUAUGAUUUUAUUGAUCUUUGGUAUGAUAUUUUACCUGAUAUAUAAGUACAUUAAGGGAUAUACUACAAAGCAACCCAUGUCUCUGGAUUUCAAGGACGUGUCACACUUCCAGCCUCUCACGGUAACUGUGGAUCAUAUCUUGAUGGCCCAUGAUUUAUCUAAGUCUUUCCAAAUGGAUCCGGAGAUAAAACCAGAACAGAUUAACCAGCAACUCCAAGAAGUACUAGAACACCAAAUGGUAUUCAAUUGGCCAGACAGGAUUUAUCAGCAACAGGCCAAAGUGGCAUCAGUCCAUUGCGUUGCUGCUCCCAUAGCCCAAGCAGGUGAUGCAGAUGCCGUUGGUUAUGCUCCACAAGCGAUCCAGAAUAGCACACCUCACACACUUGACAACAGGCGCUCAACUUUUACAUAUGGUGUAUGUGUUGAUGGCACCAGCCGCGCCAACAGGACAAAUGCUUCCCCAAACCAAAGGACAAAAUCUGAUUCUGUCAGUGAAGACUUAGUUGGCAUCAGGCAUACCAAAGUAUCAAAACAAAGACAGGAUGAAAGCAGCUUGUGGGGAAACCUGGUUCAAAAGGAGCCAAUGCUGGUGCUGGAAAAAGCUGACGAAACCCAACAGCUGCUGCUUCAGGAAGACACCCAGGACAGGCCACAGCAAUUUCCUUCCCUUCUGCAUGAAAGAGUACCUGCCAUUUUAGGGGAAAGGACAGGAAAUUACAAGCAGCAACCGGUAGAAUUCUUGCCAUCUGCUCUCGCAGUCAGCUCAGUGGCCACCUCGGAAUCUCCAUUGUCAUCCAUGCCUAAUUCCUUGUUUUCAGUUUGUGCCAGCAACAACUUUUCACAAGAUCCCAGCCUCUUGGGGGAAUGUGCAACCUGGGAUUCAUUAGCCUGGACCAAUAGUCAGUGGCCCCUUUCAAGAUUCCAAGUGACAGACUGCUUCAGUCAAACCAGCGUGGGCUUGGAAAGUGAGCCCAAACCCCUUCACACUACUACAGAAUCUUCGGACUUGCUUCAAGAUAACAUGCUCCUCCCAGGCCUGUUCAGGGACUUGGAUUUGAAAUUACAGUGGGACCAUGGGCCGGAUGAAAAUGCUGCCAUCUGUUAGCAGUUCACCCAACAACUGUGGUGGGGAGGGGAAUUUUAUGUAAUAGCUGAAGGGAA